UCAUGUAAAGGACCGGAACGGCCGCCUCCUAACUCCCACACGCUUUUGUCUGGUGGUAUUCCUGUUGAGUGUGUCCGUGUUUGGUGAUAUCGGCGAACUCGGCACGGUCGGAGCGUCCGCGCGUAAUACAUCCCGAGAAACCAAGUCACAUCUCUCGUUGGAAACGGGAUUCCGUAUCGCACGAUGUCACAGGAGGCCUCCGUGAAGUCGUCGCCGCAGUCGCAGGUGAUCAGCUUGGCUACUCUGCCGAAUUUAAACCUCCAGCAGCUGACGAUGUUCAAGCAGCAAUUGGACCAAGAACUCGGCGUUUUUCAAGACUCCUUGCACACGUUGAAGAUUGCGCAGAGCAGAUUUCAGGAGUCGGGCUCUUGCCUCGAGAAAAUAACGCCAGACACCGAGGACAGCGAAAUAUUAGUGCCGCUGACAGGUUCUAUGUACGUGACUGGGAAACUAGCAGAUGCAAAUAAUGUGAUUGUCGAUAUUGGUACUGGUUAUUAUGCGGAAAAGAGUAUUGGCGAUGCAAAGGACUACUUCAAAAGGAAAGUGGAAUAUGUUACCGAGCAAAUGGAAAAAAUUCAGCAAGUUGGAAUCGAAAGGACCAAACUGAGAGAGGCGACGAUGGAUAUAAUAGAAGCGAGAAUUCAGCCUUCAGCCUGGGAUGCGGCUGCACGUGGAAAGCGAUAAAUUUCUAGUUAAAAAUUUUAUUUUAUAUUUUUCUUCAUGAAUAAUUCGUUAUUGUUUGCAUCUAUUUGGAAAUCUCAAUUGGAUCCAAUGGCUUUGAGGUACUGCAUGCAACUGGUUCUAUAUAAUAGCAUUAAUAUGGUUUUAUUAAGUACAGUUAAUAUGUUUUUGUGAUAUCACCCUGUCGCAUUUCAUUUAUUCAACUUCGUCUAUUCAAUAAAUCAAUACACAAUGGAUUUUUGUACAGAAAUACAUGUUUAUAUAUAUAUACUUGUUAGUAAAUUAAAACAUAUUCCUCACUAAGAAUUUUUCUUAUAACUAACAAUUACUUUUACAUAAGAAUCGAAAUAGUAAUUUAUUAAUAAACUAUUUGUUAAUUUGCUAAAUACCUAUGUUGAAGAUAAGGCGGGCAGUAAAGGAGAUUUUGGCCGAUACUAAAGAUUAAAAUAACGAAGGUGAAUCGUUUAUUCAUAUUUCAUUGAAAUAAAAUGUCAUUUAUAAACAA